AUGUUUGCCCCUAACAACCCCGACUACAGGACCAUCGUCCCAGGACCCGACGUCUGGUCCGCUCCAGCUCCGACCAAAAAGUCCAAGAGCAAGAGGACGGUAUGGUUUGCCUAGAGUCCAUUUGUAGUCCAAAAAUGCGGGGAAUUUUUGGGAGUUGGCCCGGAGCCUUGAUGAUUUUAUGACCAUGUUGGGAAAGGCUUGGAAUGGGGUUUAG